UGGACUUCCCUGCGGUGUCCCGCCCCCUUCCCUCCCCCUUUUCCUGUACCCUCCUCAUUUUCCUCCCCUUCUCCCUCCCCCCUUUCAUUUACCCCUAUCUAGGGACCCUCAGCUCUAGUAAUCUUACUACAGGUACAUUAGACCGGCCUUAUGAAAGGCUGUAAAAUUUAACCGCUGAUGUUGCAGCUAUCGCCGCCUUUCUGCUGGGGAACCUGGCCUAGACUGAUACUCAGUCAUCUUUGGGGCGCAUCAGAGGUAAUCCGGAGCUUGGCCAGGAUGAGGAUCUCCUAAUGCUGUACCCACACUAUUAGUUUGUCUGCCUUCAUUGUAACAGUGACACCUCAGGCUGCAGAAGUGAGCCUAGUUGGGAGAGCAGGACCUACCCUUAUUGCCGCUACGCCUCUUCCCUUCAGAUACCGCCUGUCUCUAAAGUAGGAGAGCAAAUAUGUCAUUUACUGUAAGUAGAAGAGAAAAUGAUAAGGGGAGUAACUUUACAUCAGUCACUCUAAGUAAGGCAGAAAGUGAAGAGGACAAGUUUGAAGACGCCUAUGAAGUUAUCCCUAUGGCAUCAACAAUGAAUCUAACAUCUUCCCUGGAAGAAUGCACAACUGGAUCAUAUUUAUUUCUAAAUAACAGAUUCUCAGAGGCCAUAGAUCUCAUUCAUCCGUGGUCGAAAAACAGCAUAUACCAUGCUCUAAUUUAUAAUAUCCUUAUGGUUGUCAAGGCCAUCUUGACUUUUGAUCCCCUGGAUCUACAGAUUGGAAUGACUGCCACAAAGGAGGCUUUGAAAACCUGUAACAGUUUCCGAAGAAAAUCUAGGAUGACAAGUUUUUCUCAUCUAGUGAGUAAACAGGGAAUAAAGGCUAUCAAAGAAGAGGAACUGCAUGCGGAAGUCUGCUAUGCUGAGUGUUUGAUUCUGAAAUCCACCAUCACAUUUAUACAGGAUGACAGUAUGUUUGGUUUUCUUAAAAGCGCAAUCAACAUCGGGUUAAGUUAUCAAAUAUACAAAGACUGUCAACAAGUAUUAACACAGAUACCUCACAACCACAGCAAAACCUACCGACACCUAGUUGGAGGAGUGAAAUUUGGACUUGGAGCAUUCAAUCUGAUAUUAUCGCUUUUGCCACCAAAGACCCUUAAACUACUCAAUAUUGCUGGAUAUUCCGGUAAUAAAGAGGUGGGCCUGACUUUGCUUUAUGAGAGUGCAUCUGAAUCCCAUAUAAAUAAUAUCUUAAGUGUUUUGACUCUCCUCUUUUAUUACAGUUAUAUCUAUAUAGCUGUUGGUGUUGAAAAGGGUCACAAUUCUGCUGCAGAGGACCUCUUCCUAAUAUACCUCCAGAAAUUUCCAAACUGUGUCAUACUUAAAUUUUUUCAUGCACGUCUUAGUAUGCUGAAAGGAAAUUUUGAAAAUGCACAGUUAGUAUUAGAGGAGUGCAUUUUGAUUCAAAACGAAUGGAAGCAGAUUCAUCACCUCUGUUACUGGGAACUCAUGUGGUGCCACAUUUUUACGCGGAAUUGGAAGCGAGCUUACCGCUAUGCCGAUCUACUGUAUCAUAACAGCAGGUGGUCCAAGGCAAUAUACAUGUACAGUAAAACUAUGCUACUUGCCCUGCUUCCUUCUGAUUCUGUCAAAUCAGGGAGCGAGGACAUAAACUCUCUCUUCUUAAAAGUGGAUAGCCUGAGAAUCAAAAUCUUGGGAACUUCUGUGCCAAUAGAGAAGUUUGUUGCUGAGAAGGGUCAGCGCUAUGGCACGACCACUGGCUGGUUCACAGCACAGCCCAUUCUGGAAUUCAUUUAUGCCUGUAGUGGUUUCCGAGUCAUGAGCAAAAAACUAGACCUUAUUUCAAGCUGGCUCUCGAUAAUUAAUAGAGGACAAGACCUUUUACGAGAAAAUCCAAAUAAGGAGUAUGGCACAGAUGACAUCAGUUUGUUAAAUUUACUGAAAGGUCUAUGCCUGAAACACUUAGGCAGAUAUUCGACAGCUGAGCAUUACUUUAAUCGUGUCAUUCAAAAGGAGAAAUUGUUAAAAUAUGACCACUACUUGGUGCCAUAUACUUACUACGAACUAGGAAUUCUUCACUAUCUAAAAGGAGAUUAUGACAGUGCAACAAAAAACCUAGACAGCAUAAAAAACUACAAGGACUAUUCCAUGGAAGCCCGAUUACAGUUUAGGGCUCACGUAGCUCUUGAACAAAUAGCUAAAGAAAAGUGAUGGUUUUGACACAAAGUGUGGUUUUGUUUAUUAUGAGUGAAGUAUCUGCAAUCGGCAAGGUAAUUAAUAGUUAGAAAAAUCAUUUCUUUGUGGAAGAAAUCCGAGAAGAGGCAGCUGCUAAGAAUCUGAUCAGUAACAAGUAAGAAAGGAAUUGGCCAUUACUCUUCCCUCUUUCCUUCUUCUUACCUAUAAAAUGGAAUGUCUUAGACUGGCAAAUGGAGUGAUGCACAUUCUUGAAAAAGAAAAGGCAAAUGAUGUACAGUUGACCCUUGAACAACACGGAGAUUAUGGGUGCUGACCCCUGCGCAGUCAAAAAUCUGCGUAUAACUUUUGACUCCCCAAAAACUUAACCACUAAUAGCCUAUUAUUGACCAGAAGCCUUAUCAAUAACAGUCGACUAACAUAUAUUUUGUAUGUUGCAUG